AUGGGCUCCCGGGCGGCCAAGGGCGGCUCGCCCAACGGCGAGUGCCGGCGCGCGGGGGACGAAGGGCCGCCGCCGCCGCCGCCCAAGGUCUCCUUCUCGUGCGACGCCGACGCGCCCAAGGCGGCCGAGGAGGGCGAGGCGGCGGCGGCGGGGGGCCCGGAGCCCGGCGGGGCCACCGCGGAGGAGGCGGCGGCGGCGGCGCGGGGCGGCCAGGCCACCUUCAUGCAGCGCCAGUUCAGCGCCAUGCUCCAGCCGGGCGUCAACAAGUUCUCGCUGCGGAUGUUCGGCUCGCAGAAGGCGGUGGAGCGCGAGCAGGAGCGCGUCAAGUCGGCCGGCGCCUGGAUCAUCCACCCCUACAGCGACUUCAGGUUCUACUGGGACUUCACUAUGCUGCUCUUCAUGGUGGGCAACCUCAUCAUUAUCCCUGUGGGCAUCACCUUCUUCAAGGACGCCACCACAGCGCCCUGGAUUGUUUUCAAUGUGGUUUCUGACACCUUCUUCCUCAUGGACCUGGUGAUGAACUUCCGGACAGGCAUCGUCAUUGAAGACAACACCGAGAUCAUCCUGGACCCUGAGCGGAUCAAGAAGAAGUAUCUAAAGACCUGGUUUGUGGUGGACUUGAUCUCCUCCAUCCCCGUGGAUUAUAUCUUCCUCAUUGUGGAGAAGGGCAUGGAUUCGGAGGUCUACAAGACUGCCCGGGCCUUGCGCAUCGUCCGUUUCACCAAGAUCCUUAGCCUCCUGCGGUUGCUCCGUCUCUCUCGCCUGAUCCGAUACAUCCACCAGUGGGAAGAGAUCUUCCACAUGACCUACGACCUGGCCAGCGCGGUGAUGCGGAUCAUUAACCUCAUUGGCAUGAUGCUUCUCCUUUGCCACUGGGACGGCUGCCUGCAGUUCCUCGUGCCCAUGCUCCAAGAUUUCCCCAGCGACUGCUGGGUCUCCAUCAACGGCAUGGUGAAUGACACCUGGAGCGAGCUCUACUCCUUCGCCCUUUUCAAGUCCAUGAGCCACAUGCUGUGCAUUGGGUACGGGCGCCAGGCGCCGGAAAGCAUGACUGACAUCUGGCUGACGAUGCUGAGCAUGAUUGUGGGCGCCACGUGCUACGCCAUGUUCAUCGGCCAUGCCACGGCCCUCAUCCAGUCUCUGGACUCCUCCCGCCGCCAAUACCAGGAGAAGUACAAGCAAGUGGAGCAGUACAUGUCCUUCCACAAGCUGCCGGCAGACUUCCGGCAAAAGAUCCACGAUUAUUACGAACAUCGGUACCAGGGCAAGAUGUUUGACGAGGACAGCAUCCUAGAAGAACUCAAUGAGCCCUUGCGAGAGGAGAUCGUCAAUUUCAACUGCCGGAAGCUGGUGGCCUCCAUGCCUCUCUUCGCCAACGCGGACCCCAACUUCGUCACGGCCAUGCUCACCAAGCUGAAAUUCGAGGUCUUCCAACCCGGCGACUACAUCAUCCGCGAAGGCACCAUCGGCAAGAAGAUGUACUUCAUCCAGCACGGGGUGGUCAGCGUCUUGACCAAAGGCAACAAGGAGAUGAAGCUCUCGGACGGCUCUUACUUCGGAGAGAUUUGCCUGCUGACAAGAGGCCGGCGGACGGCGAGCGUCCGGGCUGACACCUACUGCCGUCUGUACUCCCUCUCGGUGGACAACUUCAAUGAAGUCCUGGAGGAGUACCCCAUGAUGAGGCGGGCUUUCGAAACGGUCGCCAUUGAUCGCCUUGACCGCAUAGGCAAGAAGAACUCCAUCCUGCUGCACAAGGUCCAGCACGACCUGAACUCGGGCGUCUUCAACAACCAGGAGAACGAGAUCAUCCAGGAGAUCGUCAAGUACGACCGGGAGAUGGUGCAGCAGGCGGAGUUCCAGCAGCACACGGCCAUGUACGCCCCGGUCCAGCCCCAGCCCCAGGUGACCUCGGCCAUCGCCACCCUCCAGCAGGCGGUGGCCAUGAGUUUCUGCCCGCAGAUGGCCAGCCCGCUGGUCGGCCCGAUGGGGCUGGGCUCGCCCCGGAUGGUCCGCCGGCUGCAGUACCAGGGGGGCGUCCCCGGGCCGUUCUCCAUCUCGCCGGCGUUGCUUCAGCAGCACCACCAGCAGCAGCAGCUGAACCUGCAGCAGCAGCAGCAGCAGCAGCAGGGCGGCCCUCCGCUGCAGGGCAUGCACCAGCCGCAACAGCAGAACAUCCAGCCGCCGCUCCCUCCCCCGCAACCCGCUCCAGCUUCGUCCACCAGCCCCUUCCCCUCCGCGGUGUCCAGCCCCCCCACCCAAAGCCCGCACGCCAGCCGGACGUUCCCCUACGGGGGCGGCAAAGGCCAGUCAGGGUCCCAGCUCUCGCUAACUCAGCAGAAGCCGCCCGGCUCGCCGCAGCGGCUGGCGGCCCACAAAAGCACCCAGGCCCUGCACACCAGCAGCCUGAGCCAGGAGACCCGGCCGCUCUCGGCCUCCCAGCCUUCCCUGCCGCACGGCGUCUCUCAGACCAUGAGCCAGAGCCCCCCGUCCUCGGCUCGCGGGUCCAGCGCUUCGAUCGCGGCGGGGCAGGGGUCCUCGCCCUCGUCGUCGCCCGCCCCCUCGACACAGAGCGCUGCCGGCACCCCUCAAGCCGCGCCCCGGGCCACCGCCGCGCCACCGCCUGCCCGGGCCAGCCUGCCCCACCAGAUGCCCACGGCCACGACGUACCCGGGGACGGCCACCGCCACGGCAGCAGCAGCAGGGAUCCAGCAGGACUCAAGUGGCGCUCGCAAGGAUUCCAUAGUUAGUACCCCCGACACGGACCCAGCCAAAUCCCGGCUUCCUUCCAAUUUGUGA